GCCCUUUGGCUUUCCCAUCGUCCCCCGCGCUGUCUCGCCUUAGCGAUCAGUCUUCUCGUAUACCUUAGGAAGGACUACGAAUCCCAGCGAACAGAGCGCGACUCGAGGCCACAAGAGGAGGAGCCCGGAGCCGUCCAGCCACGGAGCCAGGGGCCUUAGAGAAUUCUACCACUGAACCACCAAUGCUCAUUGGAGGUGGCUAUGGGGAAGCGAUACUUCUGUGAUUACUGUGACCGCUCCUUCCAGGACAACCUCCACAACCGAAAGAAGCACCUAAAUGGGCUGCAGCAUCUCAAGGCCAAGAAGGUGUGGUACGACAUGUUCCGAGAUGCAGCUGCCAUCUUGCUGGAUGAGCAGAAUAAGAGACCCUGCAGGAAGUUUCUUCUGACAGGCCAGUGCGACUUUGGCUCCAACUGCAGAUUUUCCCACAUGUCAGAACGAGAUCUGCAGGAACUGAGCAUACAGGUGGAGGAGGAGAGACGGGCCAGAGAAUGGCCACUGGAGACUGCUGAGCUUCCUGAGGGUCACCUGGAAGACUGGCUGGAAAAGAGAGCUAAGAGGCUGAGCUCAGUCCCAAGUAGCAGGACUGAACCCAUCAGAACCACUGUCUUCCAGUACCCCGUGGGCUGGCCACCAAUGCAGGAGCUGCCCCCGUCCCUGCGGGCACCCCCUCCUGGAGGAUGGUCCCUACAGCCCAGAGUUCAGUGGGGCUGAGCUCUUCCCCACCUCCCUGCCUGACUUCUGGUCACCAGGCAUAGUAUAAAGACAGUUACUCAACCAAGGAAGUGAAGCUGCCUUCGCUCUGUAACCCCCUGGAGCCUCUGAGACCAUGAGCUUGGCCUCCCCAUCCACCCACCAUCCCUCAGGGCAUAUCUUGAGAAGAUGGGUGAGAAACAUCCAAAUGUUUAUAAAGUCUGUCCUCGAAGGUUUUUCUGACA